AAAAAGUACCCAAAUUUAAAAUAUAUUGAUAGCAAUCAAUACGAUAUACAAUGGAAAACACAUUUAUUGCCCAUAAUUAAGAGCCAAUCGGUGUUUGUCGCGUACGAGGCGUUGAUAAAUGAGAUCAUUUAUCUGUACCCAACUCUACCGCUGCAUAAAUCUAAUGAAAAUCUAAUGCUAGCUAUUGGAGGCAUAUUAGUCCGCAAACAGUUUAAUCCGUGGAUUAAAUACCGAUUUAAACACAUGUUUAUCAUAAUGAAAGAGACGGGACUAUUAUUGUGGCGAACGAGGAUUAAAGCUUGGUCAAAUCGUUGUCUACAAAUUAUCAAUUAA